CCAGAGAGAAAUAAUGGUUCAACCACUGUAACAAUCAAUGUUCUAGAUGUCAAUGACAAUACACCCAGAUUCUUAUCUAAUAAUGGCCGUUAUGUUGAAACUGUUCCAGAAGGAAUCUAUACAGUUGCUUCCUCCAGAUUAAUCACAAAUGUAAAUCCAGAGAAUGGCCUUCUUACAUAUAGUAUUACUGGUGGAAACACUGAUUCUGAUUUUUCUAUUAACAACGCGUUUCGUAUCAAUCCCACAUCAGGAGAAUUUUCUGUUGGAAAUGUUGGUUUAGAUUAUGAAACUCAAAAAGUACACUAUAUAACAGUAGCAGCUAUUGAUUCUGGUCCUACACCCAGAACUGGUACAGUCUUAGUUACUGUGAAUGUUCUAGAUAUCAAUGACAAUAAUCCCAAUUUUAAUCCAGUCAACUAUGAAGUUUCUAUACCAGAAAGUUCAAGUAUCACUCCAAUUGUAACAGUUUCUGCUAAAGAUAUGGAUGAAACAGCUAAUGUAGUAUAUAAAUUAGUAGCCAGUACAGAUAGCAAUGAUUUUACUAUUGAUGGAGCCUCUGGUUUAAUUAGUAGUAAAGUUAAUGCUUUAGAUUUCGAGACUAAACCAAGAUAUGUAUUCCGAGUAACAACAACUGAUGGUGAGAACAAGAAUGAAUUAUCAGGAACAGCUACAGUUACUGUUAAUAUAUUGAAUCUUAGAGCUCCAGUAUUUACAAGUCGAAAUUUUGACGUUACUAUCAAUGAAACUCAAGAUUUAGGAAUUGUUUUUAUAAAAGUUACUGCUACUGAUGAUGAUACUUCUGGUCCUUUCAAUCAGUUUGAAUAUUACAUUGUUGGAGAUGGUAUAGCACCUAAUUAUUUUGAGAUUGACAUCAAUACUGGAAUAGUUCGAGUACGUUCAAGUCUGUCUGCUGAUGAUGGGGAGGAAUAUACUUUGACAGCUAGAGUUAUUGAUAAUGGUAAACCACCAAAAGAAGAUACAGCUACAAUUGAUAUUACUGUAAACAGAGUACAACCACCAAGAUUUACUACACCUCCUGGUAGUGAAGUGAAUGUUAGAGAAGAUCUAGAUCCUAAUACUGGUAUAUUCACUUUACCUGUUACCACCACUGGCAAUCCUGUAAGUUUUUUUUUACUUUUGUUUUAG